CCUACUGCCGGCAGACCUCCGGUUGCUCCACCAGCACCCGUUGCUACCCCAUCGUCCGAACGUAAGGUGACGAAAAACGAGCCACUUGCAUACCUGUUGCAAGAACAGAGGAAAUUCAAGGAAGCAGCACUAUUCUUUAAGAAGAAUGAUAAUAUACCAGCAGCAAAAGGUCUACUCCGCAUGGUGAAGUACUACGACCCUAUAAUAGAAGACGCACGCGCCGGCAAGAGAGUCCACCUUGACAAUGUGGUCGUCAUACCCUACUCUAUGAGGGACCUUGAAGCACGUUACGGCGGCGGCAGUAGCCACAGUACCGCGUGGGUGGAGGAGCUAGUAAACAGUGUGUCUCGGCCGCGGCGCCAGUCCACCAGCUCCACCACGUCGGGCGCGUCCAGCGGGGUGAGCGGGGCCAGCGGGGGCAGCGCGGGCAGCGGGGCAGCGGGGGCAGUGCGGCCAGUGGGGGCAGUCGCCAGGCCCCGCGGGCCUCGGGCUCGGGGCGCGGGCCCCGACGACGGCAUCAUGGCGGGCGCGCUCGCCGCCGACGCCUCCAUAGACACGUCGGCCUCACACGACGAAGUCUUCUCCAGGCUGCAACACCAGCUGGAGCUACAGAGGCAGCUGUGCCAGGCUCACUACGAGCAUAACAUGAAGAUCGGGAACAUUGCGGAAGCGAAAAAGAUUGAGCCCAUGAUACAGGAUAUCUCGGAGAGAUUGGAUGUCGCGUUUUUGGAAUUUAAACGUCGCGGUGUAUUACCAAGGUUCCACUAUGAAAUGCGGCAGUUUUCUAUAGUGCAAUGCAAUACGCACCUUAGUGAUAGUGACUUAGAGUUGACUAUCGUGCGGGGGAUAGCCUACAACGUGGCGAAUCCCAAAGAUAUUGAUACUUAUGUCAAAUUCGAGUUCCUUUUCCACAGGUAA